GGUCACCACUGUGAAGUCAAAAAUUCCUGACAAAAACUAUUUUUCUGUUACAGUAAACCCCUUUUCAUACCCAUUUGUGAAACUUUAGUUGACUUUGAGUUGACGAGCUUGAAGUAUGUUUCAAGAUGAAGCCCUAGAAGCUGUUGAAUGUAAAUCAUCUUGGAAGAAAGAGAGGUCUUUAACAGAGAGUGGUGUUCAGACAAGGGAGAUUCUAACAGAUGAAGUGGCCGUUCAAGCUAUCAAAAGACACAAUGUGGAGGUUCAAACAGAAAAUGAUACGGACAAAGACUUGGUGAUGGGGGAUUAUGAUUCAGAGGCCCUGGGAGAUUUCCUAAAGAGCCUGACACCGACGAUUAUCAAAGAAUUAGAUAAGAGUAGAAGAAGCCAUGCCUUUGAUGGCUAUGAUGUGAGCUGGAAAAGUGGUACGUCUGCCGUGACCUGUCUCCACACACUACACAAUGAAGCUGUCACUGAGGAACUACAGGUGACAGGGCUAUCAUGGAAUUCUACGGGAUCAGUGAUUGCUGCUGCUACGGGUAGGUUCGACCAUGUUGACUGGUGCACCCACAAAUCGCAGUUGUCAACCUGGAAUAUUGAGCGGCGGAAUAUCAACACAAAUAAACCAGACACAACUGUGGACACAUCUAGCUGCCUCAUGUGCAUAGCAUUUCACCCAAAGGAACCUGCUGUUAUUGUAGGUGGCACAUUUAAUGGAGAGGUUUUGGUGUGGAACUUCAGCCGAGAUGAUGACAUGUUGGUGGCAUCAUCAGGUAUUGGUGAUGACUCUCACAGGGAGCCUGUAUCAAAGGUCCAGUGGGUGACAGACCCAGACUCCAAAGGAAACAAAUACAAUAUAAUGAGUGUGAGCAGUGAUGGGAAGAUGCUGAUAUGGAAAUUGAAUCUCCAAAAGAGGACACUAACACUCAGUGAAGGUUUCAUCCUGAUGGCGGAGAGCCUACCGAGACACAUGCGAUCAAAGUCAAUGCGAGGAGAUAAAGAAAUGGGAGUGACUUGUAUCUCAUUCAACAAGGAAGAUAGGUCAACCUUCGUGGUUGGAUCAGAGAGUGGCGGUGUCUUCAAAUGUUCACUACACAAUAAAGGGAAUCCUGCAGGGCGUCACAUUACGUCCUCCGUCCAGUUACAUUCUCCCGUGACCUUCUCCUUCCAUCCUCACCACGGACCCGUUUACGCCAUUGACUGUUCGCCUCAUCAUCGCAAUUUGUUUGCGACGUGCGGGACUGACACGUCUGCGAGGGUCUACAGUAUGCUACAGGACAAGCCUGUCUUAACAAUCGAACCAGGAGCUGGCUACCUCUUCUCAACACACUGGUCUCCAGUGCGCCCUCUAGUGUUAGCAAUGGCAACCGAGGACGGUCAUUUAGUUAUCUACGAUCUCAAGACAAGCCAUGUGACGCCACUGUACAAACUUGAGGCGGGAUCUAAAAAGACACCGAUAUAUACACUACAGUUCAAUGCACAUCAACGCCAGCUUCUAGCCACGGGAGACGGUGAGGGUAAUGUGCAGAUUUGGCAGCUGAGUGACGAGUUGACAACCGAAGGAGUCAAUGAGAAGGAAAUAUUGAACGAAAUAGCUGGAUUGACUACGGAAUGAAUAGACUUUUGCUGAGAUUUCUGUGAAGUGACAGACUGCUUGAUUGGACUACUGUGUACUGGGUGGUGUUGGUGACUGUCUUCUUUUGGCAGUUUGGAAGGCAAACGCAAACUUAAAAUACAUGAAAAUUACAGCUCUUUGUCUCACGUGAAUUGAAGACAAGCUAAGUUCACCCUUUCAUCACAAACACUUCUCUGUUUACAAUGUUUCUUUCCACUCAAAACAAGAAAGCGACAACCGCACAGUUUGAACUAUCUGUUGGAGCUGUUGCUUGAUAUGAUCAUGAUAUUGGACUUCUGUUUGCCAAUUUGUGGCUUAAUACAUGUACCAGUACAUGAAGUAUGUAUAUUUGAAAUCCGUCCAAAUAAAAGUGCUUGCAAAACCAUA